AUGUGCUGGUCAAAUGUCAAAUGCAUCUCUAUCGUUUUAACGUGAUAUAUAAAAUAAUUGUUAUUUACUCGUUGCUACCCUUGAAAUUGUACGAAAAAAAAUAAUUAUUUUUAUAAAUUAAUAUAAAAAAUUUACUGUGUCAUCAUCAAUGAAAAUACGAAUAUUUUCAUAAUAAUAUUUAACGUAUUCCAUUGUCUCUGGUGAUCACUGGAAUAAUAAAUUAAAAAUAAAUAAGAGUUAAUUUUUUCAACGCAAAAAAUUAUAAAUAACAAGUUAUCAAUCAUCGAGUGUAAGUUACAAAAAGAAAAUUAACAUCAAGUUGAAAUUAUUGAACAACAGUGUCAACUGAUCUGAUAGAAGUAGAUGAAAUAAUUUUGACAAGGUGCAAGAUUGUCAAUCUUAGUGAACUGAGACAAUUAAAAAUAAUUAAAUUGUUCCUAUGCGGCAGGAAGCCCAAGGAGUUUUAAAGCUUCGGCAAUCUGGUGAUAUUCAACCACAAACUGGAAUGAUGAUUGAACAAGAUAUGGCUGGUGCACAAGACACAAUUUAUUUGUGUAAUUUUCGUGUGUCUGUUGAUGGAGAAUGGCUAUGUUUAAAAGAACUUCAAGAUGUUGAAUAUUCAAUGCAAGAUUCAAUGCAAUCACCAACAUCACCACCUUUGGCCAUAAGUGGUAUAAAAAAUAAUCAACAUGAUUAUCAACAACAAACUGAAUUAUCAGAGUUUUGUGAUGUUAUUUCACAAAACUCAACAACAAUUCAUCACUUCUCCAGCUUGUCCCGUGAUCCAGUGAUAAUUGAAAGAAGCAAUCUUGUCAACAUCUCAAAACUUAUCGUAAAAGAGCUGAUUGAAACAUCUUUAAAGUAUGGGCGUAUGCUUGAUUCAGAUCAUAUGCCACUUCAACAUUUUUUUAUCGUUCUCGAGCACGUAUUAAGACAUGGUUUACGUCCCAAAAAGGGUCUUCUUGGUCCAAAAAAAGAACUUUGGGAUAUUCUUCAACUUGUAGAAAAACAUUGUGCUGAAGCACAAGAUAUAACAUCAAGUAUUCGUGAUCUUCCAACAGUGAGAACAGCACUUGGAAGAGGCAGAGCCUGGUUACGUAUGGCUUUGAUGCAAAAAAAAUUGGCUGAUUAUUUAAAAGUACUUAUUGAUCAUCGUGAUGAUCUACUAGCUGAAUAUUUUGAGCCAGAUGCAUUGAUGAUGAGUGAAGAAGCUAUUGUUAUUAUGGGACUACUGGUUGGCCUAAAUGUUAUAGAUUGCAAUUUUUGUGUCAAGGAAGAAGAUUUGGAUUGUCAACAAGGGGUUAUUGAUUUUUCAUUAUAUUUACGAAAUAGUAAUCAUAUACCUGGUGAUUCACCUGAUGAAGAAUUAGAAAAUGACAAUAUGACAACGGUGCUUGAUCAAAAAAAUUAUAUUGAAGAAUUAAAUCGACACUUGAAUGCAACAGUUGCAAAUCUUCAAGCUAAAGUAGAAUCAUUAACAACGACAAAUGCACUUAUGAAAGAAGAUUUAUCAAUAGCAAAAAAUAAUAAUUUAUUAUUACAAGAUGAAAAUGUACAACUUAAAAGAGAACUUGGAAUUGAUGUUAAAGAUACACUUGAGAGUGGUAAAGCACCACUUAAAAUAACCGAAACAACGACUGAAAUUGAAGAGCUCAGAUGUAGAGUAGAAUCAGAAAAAAAAUUACGACAUGAAGCAGAAAAAGAAUUGGCAUUACAGGUCAGCAUGAAAUCAGAGAUGGAAGUAGCUAUGAAACUUCUCGAAAAAGAUAUUCAUGAAAAACAAGAUACCAUUAUAUCACUGAGAAGACAAUUGGAGGAUAUUAAACUUAUCAACUUGGAAAUGUAUAAAAAAUUACAGGAAUGUGAGAUCGAGUUGACUCAAAAAGGUGAAAUGGUUAGUCGUCUUCAUGCUAAAACAAAUCAAAUUGGAAAACUUUUAAAUAAUCUUGAAAAGUAUAAUCAUUUGAUGAAAGACGGUGAUGGAAAAAGUCCAACAACACCAAGUAGCACUAAAAGUUUUAUAAGAAUGAGUCCAACAUCACCAAAAGGACCACCAUUAUUUGAAAAAUUUCCACCAUUACCAGAUAAAAUAUUAACAAAAGACGAACGAUUAAUGCGUAAUCAAAAUCUUGAACUAUCACAUGCAAAAUCAAAAGAUAAAAUUGCUGAUGAUUCACAAAAAUCAAUUGGCAAAUAAUUCAAAAAAUUAAUAAUAACAAAAGUCAAUUUAAUUUUUUGUAUAACAUGAUAGUCAUUUAUAAAAAAAAAAAAACCAAACAAACAAACAAAAAUUGUAACUUAAGUGUUAGAAUUUAUGCAAAUUAUCGUGAAUCAUUUUUUUCAAAAGUCAUUAAUUUCAGGAGUGUGAGAGUUCACUCAAGCACAAGACCGAACUGAUUGCCAAGCUGGAAGCUAAGACAUCAUCCAUGUCAGAGAGCAUCCAAAAAAUGGAUGAAAAGUAGGUUAUUUAUUUUAUUUUUUUUUUAAACAAAUAAUAUUAAUUUCAAUUAUAAAUCAAGCUUGGGCAUUAUUCAGUGUAUUUAUAUGAAUAUAAAUAUUUAUUCAAAAAAAUUAUACAAUAAUCAGCGAGACUGUUUUGAAAUUAUCAAUAAAUUAAAAAAUAUUCUAUUCACUACAUACUAUCAUGUACUAAAAAAAAACAUUACAAAAAAAAUCAUACAAUUUAAAUUAAAGUCUAGAGUUAUUAAGUAAUAUAUUUUACUGGGAUGAAAACGAGACUGUAAUUAAUAAUAUCACGCUAAACGUAAAAUUACUUUUAAAUCGUAUAAAAAGUGAGUAAAGUUUUCAAAUAUACUCAUCAAAAUAAUUUGUCAUAUAAUAAACUUUUAUCUUUAUAAUUGUUGUAAUGAGUUUUAGCUCAAUUAACGUGAUACGAUAUCACAGCACGAAAUGAAAAAAAUAUUUAUAUUGUUAUUUAUUAUUAUUAUUUUUUUUUUGUUAUUGCAAAUUGUUGUAAUUUUCAAACAUGCCUUCUUUUUUUUUUUUUUUUAAUAAAUGCGAUACAUAAUUUUAUUGUGGCUUUCCUAUUAAAAGCAAAUAAAAAAAAUAAAAAUAUACAUAUAACUUCAGUGCAAAUUAAUAUCACCCAUUAAUUACAAAAAAAAAUUUGAAGCCAGCAGGUGAACAUGAAUGUGAGCUUGUGAAUUUUAAUGUGAACAAUAAAUUGAUAAUAUAAAGUUUA